AUGGUUCAGACUGAACUAGGUCCUCUACCUGCACCCAGAUACAAGGACGAGCCUGUCGACGACCAUAUCAGGCAUUCGGCGAUUGGACACUCAGGUCUACAUAACUCUCAUCUGCAACACCCUCGUUCAGCAAGCCUUGCGCAGCCGCCAAAACAGACAACUGGUUCUCCUCUUCAGCCCACCACCUCUCUACCUAGUGCACCUAGUGCACCAUACACGUCCCAAGCAUUGGGGAACAGCAUUUUGCAACAUCAUACCGCCCAUUACGCUCAACCGACACACGAACAGAACUACUACUCCUCCAAUCCUUCCUACAGCACAGCAUCUGCAUCCGGACAAUAUUCAUCUAGUGGCCUUCCUGAUAUCAUGGCGUCCACCGCUCAAAUGCAGAGGCCUUAUCCUCCGAUUUACCACACUCCACAGUCAAGCUCUCCGGCAUCAGUCGCUUCUCAAACACAUGAUCAACAUAGCCGAGGACUUUAUGCGCAAUCACCGCAAAUGGCGCCACAGAUGUAUGGGUACCAACCAUAUCCAUCUAUCAACCCUGUACAGCCUCCUCCUUACACAGCGCACACGUCUUCCCAACAGCACCCCCUCACAUCGCAAUCCAUGAUUUUACCUCAUACAAGCACUGCACAGCUAUCUCACCAGCCUCCCCAAGCAUCGUCUGUUACUAUGGCCCCCAGUCCAAUUGCUGUCACAGCGUCUCAACCGACGCCACCGCAGAGAGCAGUGUUGAGCCCACCGCAUUCUGCAUCGGCUGGUGGUCCCCUUUCCGCCAAUAGUAUUCAUCAUACAACUCCAAGCGUCGGUGCAAGCUCCAGCGCAGCACCGGGCCCAAUUCCAGCGACAACUCCUCUCGUAGUGCGACAAGAUAGCAACGGAGUACAAUGGAUCGCGUUUGAGUAUUCUCGAGAUCGUGUGAAGAUGGAAUAUACUAUUCGGUGUGACGUCGAAUCUGUUAAUGUGGACAACCUUAGCCAAGAGUUCAAGACAGAAAACUGUGUCUAUCCUCGGGCCUGCUGCAGCAAGGAUCAAUACAAAGGCAAUCGACUUGUUUAUGAGACGGAGUGCAACGCCGUCGGUUGGGCUCUUGCUGAUUUGAAUCCCGCGCUGAGAGGGAAACGUGGACUCAUUCAACGAGCCGUCGACAGCUGGAGGAACAGCAACCAGGAUCCUCGACUUCGAAGCCGACGCGUGAGGAGGAUGGCCAAAUUGAACCGGCGUCAGGGGCUCCCUGCGCAACCACCUAGCCACAUGGCUGCUGCUCCCCCUGUCCCUCCGGGCAUCCCAGGUGGUCUUGCAGCGCCCAGUCCCCGUCCCGGACUUGGGCCGUUGCCUAUGGGACCCCCACAGCUACACCAUCACCAUGCUCAACCUGAAGGUAGUGGAGGCAAUGAGGAUGUCAGCGGUACCACUGAGUUUUCGAACGGUACCGAUCGUCAGCCUGCUGCUGCGGAGGCUCCCCUCACAUCAGGACAUACAGUCACAGAUAUCCGCACCGCACAGGUCUUCCAUGGUUAUACUACAUUCCCUACAUCUGCCAAUGCAGGAGACGGAUCUAGAGGACCGUCGAUACCCCCCUUGAUACGAGACAGUGGACUGGGAAGCCUAGGGAGACGCUCGGCGGUUGCGACUUCAGUCCAUAAGGCUGAAGAAGUCGAAGACGACGAUGACGAACGCAAUCCAAGCCAGGAAGCACUCUUCGGAGCAUUGCCUGACGGGAAGCGGCGCAAAUUCAUACUUGUUGACGACCCGCAAAGGGGUUGUCGCGUCCGUGUCAAGGUUAUGCUGGACCAAGUUAACAUGAACGAAAUUCCCGAUUCAUACCGGAUGUCUAACUCGGUGUAUCCCCGGACCUACUUCCCCGUGCAAAUGAAACAUCCACGUGGCCGAGUCGAUCUUGGAAGAAGAUAUUUCAAGGAUGACCGCCAAACUGAUGACGACCAAGAGACUGCGACAGUCGGAAGGAUCCUAGUUCCAGCACCCCAGGCAGAUGAUGGCGGCGAAAUCGCCGUUCCUAAGCUGACUAGAGGACGGCACAGGAAGGAGGUUCUGCUUAACGACUUGGGUUACCGAAUGAGUUGGAGUCAAAGUCGAGUCUUCGCUGGGCGGCCGUUGUUUCUUCAACGCUCUCUGAAGGAAUACUCAAUAGCUAACUUUAUCUCCUUGCUUUCUUUUUUGGGAACAGUUGACGCAUACCGGAACAAGAUGCGCAGCACCAUGCUAGCUGCAGGCCGAGACCCCUCCUCCAUUCCUCGCCAUUUCGAGACCCGGGCCGGAAAGCGAAGGUUCCUCGAGCGCAGGCAGCGGCAGGGGGUGUCUGCAUCUCAACGGAGCGCAGAAGAAGUUGAAGCGUGA